UCGGCGAAGCUCUUAUCGCGACUAAAAUUUCCGAAAACCUCACUCCCGUUCUCCUGGCCUGAGGUAGGACAUAUCGAGGCAUUGCGAGCCAUCGUUCUCACAAUCGCAUCUCCAGUACGGCACUUAUCGCCAUACACAAAAAGUCUCCAACCCAGCCAUAUUCCCAAGACAUCCCCAUUAUGGCGGACUCAAACCCCACGCCGCCCGAGGCGGCCCCAAAAGCACCGACUCCCUCUCCCGCGACGACUACCUCAACAACCACAACGACAGCCACCUCCGCCGCAGAAGGCUACAAAGCCGCGAAACCGAACCCAGUCUGGCAAAUGAUGGGCCUCCGCGGGCCCCCCAAACGCCUCCCCUCCCGCAACUGGCUCAUCUUCCUCUCCAUCACAGGCACCAUAUCCGCGGCCAUCAUCUACGACAAGCGCGAAAAGAAGCGCGCCACAGCCCGCUGGGCCGCCGCCGUCUCCCCCCUCGCCCGCGAACCCGUCACAGACCCCUCCCAGCUCCCGCGCAAACUCACAGUCAUCCUCGCCUCCCCACCCGGCGACGGCCUGCGCGUCGCGCAGGACCACUUUAUCGAGUACGUGAAACCCAUCCUCGCCGCGUCGGGUCUGGAUUGGGAGUUUGUACAGGGCCGGCAGCAGGGUGACGUCCGCGCCGCUGUGGCGGAGAAGAUUCGGAGGCGAAGGAGCAGGGAGGAGAGGCCUGAGGUCGAGCUGCUCCCUACCGAGGAGAAUCUCCGCGACGCCGUGCGCGCGAAGAACGGCACGCCCGAGUUCGAGGGUCCCGGGGGCGACAUCGUUAUUGGGAGACACGCGUGGAAGGAGUACAUUCGCGGUCUACACGAGGGCUGGCUCGGCCCCCUUGACCCGCCUCCCAAGCCCGAGGUAGUCUCUACCCCUGAGCCCAUAGCAUCCGAAGCAACAUCAGACUCUACAUCAACAGAAAUAGCAGAGAGCGGUGCCGUCGAAGCAGAAAAGAAGGAGGAGGAAAAGCCCAAAGAAGAAGAAAAGAAAUCAGACCGCCCCCGCCAACCCGUCCCCCACAACACUACGGCAGACUACUCGGCCUCCCACCUCCCCUCCACCCUCCCCGCCGAAUUCUCCCCCUCGGAACCGGUGCAAUUCCCCCACCUCCUCGGCUUCGCGGGCACCUUCACCCGCAUGGGCCGCUUCUUCAACCGCCGCCAGCUAGCAGACGACGUAGGCCGCCAAGUCGCCGCCGCCUGCUUCGCCCACGCCCGCGAAUACCGCGACGCCGAAGCCGACACCUCCACCUCCUCUUCGGACCAGGACGCCGUCCCCACGCCGUACGAACAACAGCGCGCUCUGGCGCACGAGGAACGCGACUGGGUGAAAUCCGUCUGGAAGCCCGUCGACGACGCGACGGCCGACGAGGAGGAGAAGACCAAGGAGCGCAUCUGGGCUUCGCCCAUGGUCGUGGACGCGCGCAUCGCGCAGCGUAUGCGGCGGUUCGAGAUCCGGCCCGAGGACGAAGAGCGCGCAAAGGGGAUUGUUAUCCCUGAGACGGAGAUUGAGGGCUGGAUCAAGGGGACGGUGCGGUCUUUGGGGUUGUGGGGGUGGAGUGUGAUCAAGGGGGAGGAGCGGAAGGGUCCUAACGUUGGAAACAUUGACGACGAGUAGACUCUCCCCUUUGAUGUUUACUUUUCCCUUCCGUAGAGGUGUACAGUUGGCGACGACUGAGGUGGCUGAUGUGAAGAAUACCUCAGGAAAAGGAGACGAUGUAUAACUAUCUUGACCACCACCACCCCACACAGCUCUAGGGAAAGCGACUGGGAAAGGAGGGUUCACAGCAUAUUGUAAUUCUAGCUUGUCAUUUCUCGUUCUUUUUCCUUUAUACUCGUCCGUCUCUGCUGCAUGGAUAAGAGCGCGGGAGGUUAUCAUAGAAUAGACUAU